AUGUCAGAUACUGAAAAAGAUCCAGAAACUGUCGAAUCUCCCAAACCUGAGAUUGAUGAAGAGGCUGAGAAGGCUGCCAGAUUAGCAUCAGCUAAGAAACGACUUCAAGAACUAAAGAAACAACAAAAAAAGAAGAAUAAGAAGAAAACAGAAACAUCACAGCCUACAACAGACUCUGAAUCUGUGACUGAAGAUGUAACUAAAUCGCCGAAUCCUGACCAAACAGUCACGGAUGUUGGAAAAGACUCUGAGGAAGAUACAACUAACAGCACUAAUAUCAGUCCUGUUACUACAGAACCAGCUGAAACAGCCAGUAAUACAGAUACCAUUAAGGAACAGCAGGAGGAAUCAGAAAAACGCAUCAAAGAACUGGAAGAGAAGCUGGAACAGGCCACUACUACAAUUGAACAACUGCAAAAGGAGGUGUCGACAUACAAGUCACAAUUAGAACAGUUUUCAGAAGAGGGUCCUGGCCCACAAGUCAAGAGCAUACCAAGUGAGGUUACAAGUCCUGUAUCUGAGAGCCCUGAAGAAGUUUCUAAACUUACAUUGCAAAUUGAAUCGCUCAAAGUUGAAAACAAUUUCCUUAGUGACAAGGUAUACACUCUGGAAGCCAGAGUUGCCAACUUGCUAUCGACAAACAAGAAGAAUGCCAUUGAUUUUGCGCGUGAUACGUCAGAUUUUGAUAGCGAUAUUGCGUCACUGAGCUCUCCAGUUUUGGAGACUCGUGGAGAUGCUGCACGGUACAAUGCGGGGCAGCAGCCACGGGUUGCCUCCUUUGCAGAAAUGGACCUGUACGGCGAUGUGAGCAAGAUCCGCAAUAUCAACCAAGAAAUGGACCGCUGGAAGGGCUGGCAGGUUGAUAUGAGAGGCUGGAGAACCCUAGGAGUUGGACCAGUCUUUGCAAUUUAA